UAGUCAUUAAAACUCAUUAUAAGCAGUUGACAAAGGUUAACCUUUAACGGGCAACGCAAGCAGUUCCUAACGGAAACUCGAUCAGUCCCAUGAUCGCGCAUGCUUAUGUGGCCGCAAGCCGUUCAAAUGUACUAGUUGCUCCGAGUAUUGCGGCUCCUUGAAUUUCUCCUGCAACCUCGGAGAGCGCCGCGGGGCUUGUGUGUCGUCGUGUCAUUUCCAGUGUCGAGAGAGAAUAGGGGAGCUAAGUGGAGCGAGGAUUUGGGCGGCAAAUUAGCUAGCCGAAGAAAACAAGAAUCCAUCCCAUGCAUCGAUCUCCUCCCUCCUCUCUCUCUCUAUAGAUCUCCCGCUCCCGAGUCUCCCGGGCCUGGCGCCACUCACCACUCACCACUCGCUCGCACACUCUUCUCACCUAUAUAUACCCCGCCCAUUGCGCCUAGCUCGAUCCCCCUCAGGCCCUCACACAGGCAGCCGCUGGUCGUUCCUCCGAUCCUUGCCCACGCGCGCGCCGGCCUCCUCGCCGAUCGCUUCUUGGUCGCGUUCGUGCCCGCGUCUUCUUCUUCUUCUUCUCUUCUGGUCCGGAUCAUGAUGGGUUUCGUGAUGUCUGGGUUGAUUUGAUUUUUUGGGCGGGCGCGAAGGGACGAUGGUGCAGGAGCACGGCAACAACCAGCACCACCUGCAGCAGCAGCUGGCCAAGUACGGCGGCGGCGGCGUCGCGGGCAGCACUGCCACGGGCGUGGCGCGGGCGUCGAGGAAGAACAAGCCCAAGAAGAUCCCGCAGCGCGGGCUCGGCGUGGCCCAGCUCGAGAAGCUCCGCAUCGAGGAGCAGAAGAAGAUGGCCGCCGCUGGGCCGGCCACGCCCUCCUCGCACGCCGCGCUCAACGGACACCUCCCGCCGCCGGCGCCCCCGCUGAGCGCUCUCUCGAGGCCGCCCGGACACGCGGACGGCGGCGGCUUCCCGCCGGUGCUCUGGAGCCCCGUGGAUCCCGCCAAGCACCCGUACAAGAGAAGCCUCUGUCCUCAGCCUCCACUCCCAAUGGUGAGCACGGGCCUGUCUCUGACGGCGCCGUCGAGCCACCCAAUGGAGCCCCCUUCAAACCAAAUGUACAGCAGCAGCAGCAGCCGGAGCGGCACGGCGACGGCGGCGGCCGAGGAGGAGAGGGAGACGGCCGGCGGGGAUAGAUCCUGGCCCAUCAUGUUCGAGGGGAUGACGGCCUUCAGGACGGCCAGCAAAGCCUUUCUUCCUCCCCAUCCGGCGCCGCCUUUCACCGCCGUCAGGACGGCGACCGAUUCUGGGUUGGCCGAUGUUAUUCCUGACCUGGGCAGAUUCGAGUUCAGAGCAACUAAUUUGUUCAGUGCAAGUGCAUAUGGGAGUUAUUCAGACUGGACAUCAUCUGAAUUCGCUCACUCCAAGAGCAGCAGCAGCAAGGAGACCGGCCGUGGCAGAGACCCUGCCUUGCUCACCUUGAGCUCGCAGCCUCCACACCUUAUCAAGCAGCCCCACGUGGUGCCAUCAAUGCACAUCCCGGAGUACAACGGCUUCAGUGCCAGUACCAGUGUCAUGCCAUCUCAGCAGGGGAGCACUUCGGCUGCAUCGUCGUCGUCACAGCCGUUCUACAGCUUCCUGCCGGUCGGUCCGGUGCGCCUCGAGAGAGCCCCGAGCGAGUGCAAGACCGACAUGUCUGAAGGCGGAGUCGACUUGGAGCUGAAGCUAUGGAAGGGCUGAAUGAUCACUUGAUGACUCUUAACUGUCGUUGCCUUCUGAUAAACAUUGAGAGCAAAUCUGCAAUUGAACAACAGCCAGCUGUGGGGUAAAAAUGUAGAGAGAUGUGUUCAGGUAGUAAGAUCAGAUGUAUCAAUAGCUGCUUUUUAGAAGAUGUUUUCACUGCCAAUAAUCUUCUGGUGAUGGUUGAUUUACUGAGCCACUUUGUUUGUUCCUGACAAAGUGAAGCAGUGUGCAUGAUGGAAACAAGAAGCUCUUUAUGUAUGUUCCAGGUAAGCUUGUGCCAAAUGUAGGAGAAACUCAACAAAGAAAGUGUCAGACGGGUAGAUGAUAUGGUAGUAUGGUACUGAACCGGCAGGGGCUUCAAUAAGGAAAGGAGAGCAUGUGCAGGAUAGACAUCACAGCUAGUCUGUGGGGUCUCUCCUAUGCACAUCCAGCAAGCGGCACACUGAAUUUCUGCAGACACACAUGACAAAGGGCUUGCGAACAAAUGCCAAGGUGUCUUUGGAUGUAAGGAAUGUAAAAUUACAACUCCAUAAUAUUUAUAAGAGCAAAGUCCAGAUUAUAUAUGAUGGGGAAUUCCAGAUUAACAAAACGAUAAAUAUGUUAA